AUGUACUAUUAAAUAGGAAUAUUUUUUCUUCUUUUAAUUAAAAUCAAGUCAGUUUGUGAUCAAUAAUUGAGCAAUGAUGAUCUAAAUAUAGGCUUAAUUCAAUGUGAAAAUUGUGGAAUAGUUUAGGAUAUCAAGUAUUGCUCAUAACCUUGCUUAAUUUCUACAGAUAUUUUUUAUUUUUCAUAAAAAUAUUAAUGCGUCAAAUAUUGUGGAAAUGGAAAAAUAGCUUUUAAUGAUUGUAAUAAUACAAAUUAAUGUAUAGAUGGAUAUUAGUGGAAUAUUCCAGAUUAAAAAUGCAUUUAAUUUUAAACUUGUGCUUAAAAAAUGGUUGAUUAAAAUCUAUAACUUUAUCAAUGCUAGUCUUGUUAUUUGGUUUCAGAUGUUUAAUACUGCUCUCAAAUUUGUAAAAGUACUUAAUACUUUUCAAAUCAAAAAAAAUUAUGCUAUGAUUAUUGUACAGAUGGAAAAAUUGCAUCGUAUUUCGGUGUAUGCCAAGAUUCACAGCUAUGUAUCGAUGGAUAUUAAUUGAAUUCAUAGAAAAAAUGUGAGAAAUUUAUUUGCUAAACUAAAAUUCCUACUUCUGAUUCAUUUUCAGCAUAUUUUUAUUAAUGUCCAGAUUGUAGCAUCACUAUUUAAAAUAAUUGCUUGAAUCCAUGUUUACCUGGUUCAGAAAUAUAUAUUUUUUACUCAAAAUAAUCAUUAUGUAUGAUAUAUUGUGGUAAUGGAAUUAUUGCAAUAAGUAAAUAAGGUUGUCUUUCAUCAACAUUAUGUAUGGAUGGAACAUAAUGGAGUGAUUCAGAAUAAAAAUGCAAAAUAUAAUAAGGUAUAUGUCCGAUCACUGAUAAUUAUGUGCAAUUAUGCCCAAAUUGUAGUUUGGUAACAAAUUUAAUUUAUUGCUAUAAAGGUUGCUAAGGUUAACAAUAUUAUGAUUAUAAAUCAUAAAAAUGCAUGUUCUAUUGUUCUUAAGGAGUAAUUGCAUAAGACUAAGCAAGUUGUUAAUCAUCUAAUUUAUGUAUUGAUGGUUUUACAAGUUCUGGUUAAGGUAAGUGUGAUCCUAUUAAAAAAGAUGAAAAUAAUAACUAAGGUGGUUAAGCUAACCCAAAUAAUAACUAAGGUGGUUAAGUGAACCCAAAUAAUAACUAAGAUGGUUAAGUGAACUCAAAUAAUAAUUAAAGUACUUCAAAAUAUGAAUAAAAUUCAUUGAUUGUAAAUAUUAUGAUAUCAUUAAUUGCAGUUUUGAUAAUUAUUAUUUUAGUAGCUUCUUUUUUUGUGUUAAAAAAAUUUAAGACAUUUUAAAAAGUGCAUGAAACUAUAAAUGAUCUUAAAUCAACACUUAAAAUAUAUAUUGAUAAAAUUAACAAUUAAUAGUUAGAAAUAGAUUAAUUAAGAAUUAAUAGAAAUACAAAUAAUUAGCUGCAAAAUAAUUAAUUUGAAAUCUAUCUCAACUAAAAUGGAGAAGAUUAAGCUUUGCAAGGAGAAAAUGACAGUUAGAAAACAUUAAAAUAAUUAGAAAAUGAUAUAAUUUUACAGUAAUAGUAUUCCAAGUAGAAUUAUUAAGAAAAUCCUCUCCUUUAGGAAUAGGUAAAUUAAUAAAAUACAUAAUUUAAAUAUGAUUCAGAAACUGGUGUUUUUGCUUGA